AUGUCCACGUCUGCCGCUCCCGUUGACCCAGUGGAGCAAUCCAAAAAGUUGUGUGCAUAUGCUGCCGUGCAGGACAACCUGAAGCCACACCACAGAAUCAUUGGUAUUGGAUCCGGAUCCACUGUAGUGUAUGUAGCCGAGUGUAUUGGCAAGAUGCCAAACAAGGCGGAGUUUGUGUGUGUUCCUACGGGGUUCCAGUCCAAACAGUUGAUUAUUGAUAACAAGAUCCAGUUGGGAGGUUUGGAGGAAAACCCUACGAUUGAUAUUGCAUUUGACGGUGCCGACGAGAUCGACUCCGGAUUGAACUGCAUCAAAGGUGGCGGUGCAUGUCUUUUGCAGGAGAAGCUUGUUGCAGACUCGUCGGAGAACUUCAUCAUUGUUGCAGAUGAUCGUAAAAACACGGGUGUGUUGGGCAAGGGCUGGAAGAAGGGCAUUCCGAUUGAGGUCAUUCCAAAUGCGUACAACAAGAUCAUCAAGGAGCUAACGGCACUGGGUGGCGCUCCGAAGGUCAGACCGGGUGCUCCUGCAAAGGCGGGACCUGUCAUCACCGACAACGGCAACUUUAUCAUCGACUGCGACUUUGGUGAGAUUCCCGCUGCUAAGGUGGCGGACUUGAACUCGAAGAUCAAGGCGAUGGUCGGUGUGGUGGAGACCGGUUUGUUUGUCGGCAUGGCACAGAAGGCCUACAUAGGUAACGCCGACGGGACUGUCACCACGUUGACUGUUUGA